AUGGAUAAUAGUCUUAUAUUGUCUCUGAAAAGGAGUUCUGGAGAUGAUGGGGUUGCUAUGGAUGGGGAUAAAAAAGGUGGACAUGAGGAGUCUUCUCCUGAUUCUGUGGAAAAGAUAUCAGCAGAAUGGUGUCCUGCUUUUGAUCUAUUGGUCAAUAAUUCUGAACGUGGUCAAACUGAGGCUAUAGAAUCUAAGUGUUAUACCAAGGUGAAUUCCAAUCUUAGGAACCAUGAUUGUUUAAAUCCUAUGAAUGACAUCCCUGAUACCAUGAUUCGAAUCUGGUCAAACAGAACAAGUCUAUUUCAAGUUGAGGCCACAACCACCAGCUUUGCUGCUUAA